UUAAUUCUAAUUACAAAUGAUGUCUCUCUCUGUUGAAGGAAGAGAACUUAUCUGGAACCUCAAGCAAAGCUUUAAAAGCAAGGUAGAAAACACCUUAUUCGGCUUAUCCAAAUGGAAGGCUGAAUGCAGAUAAGCAUAAAAAAAAACAAGCGUUCGAAAAAAGAAAGCAAAAUGUCUCUGCUGCUCUUCUCUAAUCCUCUCCCCUCUUUUUCCCCUCUUUCUUCGUCAUCAUGUUCAUCUUCCAUCAUCCUCACAGCUGCUCCUGUAUCUAGGUUGCAUUUCAAACCCAUUGAUCUGCACCCAAAAUCUUUGAAUAGAUUUCAAUUUCAGAUUCCUAUUCUCCGAAGCAAAUGGGAUGUAGUGCUUGUGAAUGCUUCUUCUGACAUUGAUGGAAUGGAUCCAACAGACAAUAGCGAGCCCUCUACAGAAAGCAAAGAGGAGAUUAUUCCAGUUGACAAGCUACCAUUAGAGUCGAAGCUUCAGGAGAGGAUGGAACAGAAGAUGAAGAUGAAACUGGCCAAGAAGAUUAGGCUUCGUAGAAAGAGGCUUCUUCGGAAAAGGAGAAUGAGAAAGAAGGGUAGAUGGCCUCCCUCCAGGAUGAAGAAGUUAAAGAACGUCUGAUUUUUGCCUCAAGUUUUCUUGCAGGUUCUAAUCUGUUGCUGACCCUUUGCUUCUCAUCCACUGCCAAAGUCUUCUAGCAAGUUUGAAUGUGUUUUUUAAUGUUAAUUUUUUUACUGUUUAUCUGAAACAUAAGAUCAUGAAGAUUACGUCCAAUUAUUUCUGAAUUUGAAUUUUAAAAGGUAUAAGAAUUGCAUUUCUUCGUCUGGUUGAUA